CACGGGCGGCGGUUCGCACGAGUUCGUUGAGUCGCCACGCGUGCCCGUCCGUUGUUGCACAUCGACGUCAACCGCUUUCAGUGCUAUAGCGCGUUUCUUAGCGCUAUAUCUUCAUAACCUUAAAUUUCCAAUUUCGUUUUAUAUUUUAUAAAAAUUAUAUUUUCAAGAGAAUACUCAUGAAUUCUACAAAUUUAUAACUUUUGUGGUGUGAAGUUAACGCCCAGUACAAAAGGCGGACGUGGAGUGUAUUUUUGUGUAAGAUAAAGUUAUUACAAACGGCAAGCUGUGGGGUUCAGGGGCCUUUUUUUUGCCGCCGCAGGGGAUGUACUAUCCUGUGAGUAACGGCAAUGUCAUCGAUACAGGAACACCGACCUUACUGCACAUGGUGGGAACGGGCAUGGCGACCCCGUUCCCUGCGGCGGCGGCGGCUGCGGCUGCGGCGGCACAGUUUGCGGCAAACGGGGACUUAGCUGGUGUGAAAGCAGACACGGCCACCGCGCCACAGCCCUCGAUCGUCAAGAGCGAGGGCCCACCUCCACCGGCGCCCUUACCUCCCGGCAACUUCUCACCCCAACCGAACUCACAAACACACAGCACACAAAAUUCUACAGAAAGUCACAAUACGAGCACACAGAGUGAAAGCGAAGCGUCGGAUGAAAACAAGUCGGUAAAUGUAGCAGCAGUGGUGGCUCAGCAGGCGGCGGCCGCGGUAGCGCAGCAGGCGGCGGCGGCGCACGCGGCCGCCGCGGCCGUCAGCGCAGCCGUCGCCGCAAACGCGACCACCACCACUUCCUCCGCGGAGAAAAAUCUCGUACCCGUCUCCCAAGCAUCACAACCGAAACGCCUGCACGUCUCCAAUAUACCCUUCAGAUUUAGAGAUCCAGACCUGAGAAACAUGUUCGGGCAAUAUGGCACAAUACUUGAUGUAGAAAUUAUCUUCAACGAACGUGGCUCCAAGGGAUUCGGUUUUGUAACAUUCGCAAAUAGUGGUGAUGCGGAGCGAGCACGAGAGCGUCUACACGGCACCGUGGUUGAGGGCAGAAAGAUAGAGGUAAAUAAUGCCACCGCCCGAGUGCAGACAAAGAAACCCCCAGCAGUGCCAAACGUGUGUGUCCAGUGGCCGGAAGCCCCCGCGGCGGCGCUGCGCGGCGCGGUCGUGAUGCGCGGCCGCUCGCCCCGCCCGCCCGCGCACCCUCACCCCCUCCAACCCAUGCUGCCCCGCGCCGCCGCCUACGCAUCGCAGUUGCACGCAUAUGCACCCGUAUAUUAUGACCCGUUCUUAGCUGCAGCAGCCACUGCUGAUUCGAGCUAUAGACUACAGGCGGUGAAACCCGCGGCUGAGUGUUUGCAGGCCGCUGCAGCCGCGGCGGCCGCGGCGCCGCUACUGAAGUCGCCGCUGACGAGCGCGCAGCACGCAGCAGCUGCAGCCGCUGCAGCAAACUACGGCGCGGCCGCGAGGGCCGCCGCCGCCGCUGCGGUCAGCGCUGCUCCCGCUCCCACAGCGCUUACACCGCUUGCAGCAACAUACGGAAGGGAGUACGCAGAUCCAUAUUUAGGACACAGUAUCGGUCCAGUAACAGGAUAUGGGACGGCCGUUUACAGAAGUGGUUACAACAGAUUCGCGCCAUACUAAGCCAGUGGAACAACGUAGCGAUUUUAUUACUCGAAUAUUCUUAGUAUUUCGGUCAUCUUUACGUAACAUGACAAUGAACUCUCUUUAUAAACGUACAAAAUUACGAUAGAGUAACAGUAAUAGUGGUAGCCGAUUACUGUAAGUAAGCUUAGAUAGCGUAGCGGUAGGGCGGGCUAUCGAACUCAUUCAUACCAAAGUCAUUUAAAUUUCUCAUUGAAAUAGUUUAAGUUCAAUAGUAUCGUUAAUCGUUCGAUAUUGAAAUACAAGUGCGAGCAUCCGAACUCUCACGUUUGUCAGCAAGAACCAAACGAGUCUGGCGUGAUUCAUCAAUACCCACAUAUUGUCGGUGUUUGCUAUUCCCUAGUGUAGUUGUUACAUACAUACAAUUGACAAUAGAUUAACUUGUAAAAAUAUUUAGUGAGCUUUGCACUUGCAUAUCAUAGAAAGAAAUGUAAAUAUAAUUCCAAACACAUUUUACUAAUCUAAAACAUACUAUAAUUUAAAUUUACGUGGAACAAAAUUUUAAGCUUUUAAAAUAUCUUAAAGUAAGCUGAAAGUGAAUAGCGUAUUUAUUGAACUCGUUAAACAGUUGUCACCCUUACGGUGCAGUCAAUACGAUAUACAAUUAAUUACAAUAGCGUAUCUAUUACUUUCAAAGUACUCGUUAAAUACAAAUUCUUUUGUAUGAACUAUUGAUAUGAAAUAUAUUGAUUAAAGUCGACCGUAUUGUACCUUCAAGUGUAGGUAGCUGUUUUAUAGUAGUUUUUAAACAGUUGUGGUGCGAUUCUGAAGAGGUGCCAUUUGUUCGGUUGUUAUAUACAAAUAUAAUAUAUUUUUCUGGUUACUCCUUCGAAGCAAUUGUGAACUAAGCGUGUAGUUGGUUUGUACCUACGUCACAACAUUUACUUCCUCGAGUAGCUUCAGGCUACUCCGCUACUCGGUAGAGAUUUGGCUUUAGAUUGCAUUAUUUAAUCUUAGAUUUGGAACAUUUGUAUAGUUCAAGCAAUAUUGUACAUUUAGCUUCUCAAUAGGCUAACAGUUAUUUACCGCGAUCGUUCAACCUCGAUCGAAUUGUUCACGAUCGCUAGUUGUAUUGUCUAAUUUUACUGAAUCGUAGGCGAUAAUGCUUUAAAUGUAGUGGUUAAGAAAAUAAAAAGAAUAACUCCGUGGAGUUCUUACAUAUCAUUGAGAUUUCUCCUUGUAAUUAUGAUUUAUUCUGUAAUUAUUUCCUCGACGGUGUCUAAUUUUACAGUGCUAUUUUAUUAAACCUUCAUUUUAUUGAACAAACAUUCGUACGGGUCCAACCGUUUAGAUGUCGUAACUAGAUCUUAACAUAUUUGCAUUAGGAUUGUAAAAUAUUUGUAUGAUUCGCUCAACGUUUAUACCAAAGCACAAAUACCCAUCGAUUCAUACGUAUUUCGAAGCUUUUGCAUGUCAUCGAUUUAAUCCUCAUUAGAUUUAAUAGUCUUUCUUUCGGAAAAACUUCAAAAUCUACGAGUCGUACGUAAUUAGUUGACUAUCAAAUGAAAUAUCAUAUCGGCACUCUGGAAGUUUGAGAAAAGUUGCCUUUCGAUCUUGUUUGAUUGAUAAAAGCCAUAGAUCUGAUGCGACUUCAUAUUGUUUUAACUCUUCUUUAUUUGCUACAUAUGAAAUGUAGCCAAUGCAAGAUUCUCUUUGAAUUGUUUUAUCCAAAGUAGCAUUGAAACCUCUGUACAACCGCCUUUUACAAUUUAUUGAUCAAAUAAACAAUGCUAACUAUGCAGAUUGUAAUGUGUUUCAUAUUUUUGCAAACAGCCACUUUGUCUAGAUCCGAUUGCGUUCUCUUAGAAGUUCUAGUCUUUUUGCGCACAAUUAUAUAGAAAUAAUGGUGCUUUGUUUUCUUAAAGAUUUCAUGUGAUAGCUACGAAACUGUAUUUCGUAUCUGAAUUUGAAUUCAAUGUAAGUUUAUAUUUAGGAGCUAAUGUAUAAGUUGUUUCGUGUCAUAUUUUCUUGAUUGAUACUUUUAAUUAUUUCACUCACCUAGUAGUGCCACUGGCUUUAUUUUGUAAGUUUUUUUUUAUAUUUUAUUUAAGUAAGAACGUAAUGUAGUCACGUUGCAGCUUCGAACAAGUUUAUUGUGCUUUAUUGCUAAAUACUCAUGCGUGAAUGUAUUUAAUUUUUAGGGUCUUAAUUUUAGAUCUAUAUAAUUUUUAUGCAAAUUUUACAUCUAAGUACAGAAACUGAAGUACAUGUGAUCCUAAUCAUUGAUUAUUAUUUAUAAGAUUUUUUUAAAUCUUGCUGUCACAAAUCAAAGUGAUUGAUGAAAAAUCAAUUUUGUGUGAAACAAGUAUAUAGGGUGGGUUUUGAUCGAGGAAAUAUUAUAGUCAUGAACUGAACAAAACUCACUAAAACCGAUGAUGUCCCUUGAUACAAAAUCGCCCUGUUUACUUGAAUGCUCUCUCUUUAUAUUUACGAAUGAUGCUGAUUUUAUUGAAUUUCUUUUUUAGUUGAUUUUUAUUGAAUCAUAAUAAGAAGAAUCGUAGAAAAUGUAAUACAUUAUUUAAAAUAAAUUUUUAAACUAUUUUGUUACUUGGAGGAAAAUCGGAAUUUACAUGACAUAUCUGACAAAAUGGUUAGUGUGCUACGAUAAGAUUUUGAACUGAAAUCGUCAAAAUCAAUGUAUUAUAAAUAUCGUAAUGGUUAAAAUAAGUGAUAGCUAUGUAUUUUGUAACACGAUAUGUUUCUCUAUAAAAUGUUAAAAGUUCAUGACAAUUACUCUUCUCCAUUGCGCUGUGCACAAAACUUUCGGCCGCUUCGUCAUCUGUUAGACAUAAAAAUUGUUAUAUCGUGCAUAAUAAAUCAUAUCAUUCGUUGCGUGGCACGGACAGUGCGCCGCAACCGGACUUGUAUAUAGUGUUAUGCCGCGGGCGCGACCGCAACGUGUGUUGCUUACGAUUUGUACCGUCGGAUUUAUAUUGUUAAAGUAGUGAAAGUUAAUAAGUAACACUUGUUUGUCAAUUGCACUCGUCGACGCUGUUCCCGUUAGAUUAUUCAUAUAUUAGCAGGGUUAUUAUUACGCCUACGCGUCUGAUAUUAAAAUCGUAGACGUGCCGCCACUCCACUCUAGUAAAUGCACGACAUUUGAUACACGGCAUGUCUAUGAGUUUAACUAGUUUCUCGUUUUCGUUGUACGUGUAAGAACGGCGAACGUGAAGCGUAACCUGUCGCAUAUAAGCUGACUCUUUAGCUAAAAUAUAAAACGUCGACCCGUGUUGGACGUGCAUUUUAAAUCUUUGAUAUAAAGGUUGAAUCGUUUUAUGUAUUUAGUCAAGGUAGUGGUUCUCGGACGGGGAAGGCGUCUCGUGCGACAGGUUCGCGGCGCGCUCGCACUAGGCGCGUGCGUUGACGCGACGCAGAUUUGACCAGUAUUUAGAUACUAUUACCAUGCUCAAUUUCCAUUUCUAUAUGUUGUUUGUAUAAUGUUAAAAUUUAAUGUUUUAUAGACUUUGAAUAAAAUAAAAUUACCCGCAUCUGUUAACAUAAUGAAUGUCUUCCGUUUGGCACAUUUCAUACGAUAAAGCACAUUUUGUGUCCCGAAUAGUGGAAAUAAUUUUAAAUCGAGUCGAGCCUGGUGCACAGCGAGCUCUUACAUACGAUUUGUGAUAAAUGAAUAAUGGAUUUUUUGGUGUGGCAAUUUUAUAAAUAGUUUGAUUGCAGAGCUGAUUUUCUCUUUUAAUGUAAAUAUAUAUUUUUUUUCAAAUGAAAAAUGUUGAAUGAAGUGAAUCAUUUAAAAGCCUUUGGCAUUGUGUACUCAUUUACGUUAUUAAUAAAUAUUAUAGUAUGAA